GCCUUCAUAGAAGAGGUCGCGGAACGAUGACGUGACCGAGCUCCCGGUGAGAGGGAGGGCCUUGCUGCUGCGGGCGGCAACAGGGCCUGUGGCCCCAGCCCGCCCCUCUGAGUCACACCGUUCCGGGAAGCGGCUGCGGCUCCUUUCCUCAUGAUCUGGCGGCGCUUUCUGUGCAGCGCGCUAAGAAUUAUGACGGGACCAAGGCCGGUUGUCCUGAGUGGCCCUUCUGGGGCAGGGAAGAGCACUUUGCUGAAGAAGCUGCUGAAGGAUUAUGAGAACGUUUUUGGCUUCAGCGUCUCCCAUACCACAAGGCAACCAAGACCUGGAGAGGUGAACGGUAAAGACUACCAUUAUGUGACCAGAGAAGAGAUGCAGAAGGGAAUCGAUGCUGGAGAAUUCAUCGAACAUGCAGAAUUUUCUGGGAAUAUGUAUGGGACAAGUAAAGCUGCCAUACAGGCUGUCCAAGCCCAGAACCAGAUCUGCAUUCUAGAUGUCGAUUUGCAGGGCGUGAAGAACAUCAAGAAAACCGACCUGGAUCCCAUCUACAUCUCAGUCCAGCCUCCAUCCAUAGAAACCUUGGAAAAACGGUUACGAGACAGACAGACUGAAACGGAGGAGAGUCUACAGAAGCGGCUGAAUGCAGCUUGCAUCGAUAUGGAACUUAGUAAAGAGCCCGGCCUCUUCAACUUGAUCAUUGUCAACAAUGACCUGGAAGAAGCAUAUUCCGAACUGAAGGAGGUCCUGGCAGAGGAAAUCGAGAAGGCACAGGGGUCCAAGAAGUCCUGAGUCUCCCGGGCGUAGACGCUCCAACCUUGCACAGCAUUCCAGAGGCGUGUUUGCUGCUGCUUAUUCCGUGCUAUAGAGACACAGACACACACAUUCCCUCUCAGCUUGAUUCCUGACAGAUUUCUUCUAGGGCACUUUUGAUUAAAGAAGGAAAUACCAAAUCCUA